AUGACAUGCAUUGGCCUCAUUGCUUAUUCGGACACGGCUUCUGGGCAAAAUAUGUAUCAUCUCCGACAGCCCGGGCAUCGGAUAUCGGAAACGCGAUCAGCGGAUUAUGAAAAUUCUUGUCCGACGAGGUCGGUGUGGGCGACAGAAGGGGGCGUGGCUGAUCUCCCCUGUAAUCUUACCUCGCCCCUGUCGGCUGACCCUGCUCUCCUGGUGCUGUGGUACAAGGAUGGUAUCUCUAAGCCCAUUUACAGCUACGACAUGAGGAACAGCCCCGCCAGCCACUGGAGGAAUCCUUCUCACUUCGACAACCGCGCCAACUUUCACACCGCCUCCCUCAGACUGCAGCGAGUUCACGCUGGCGAUGAAGGAACCUACAGGUGCAGAGUGGAUUUCCGCACCAACCCCACACUCACCUACACUACCAACCUCACCGUUAUUGUUCCUCCCCGGCGCCUUGAGAUCUACACGGACCUAGGCGUGGUGGCCCGUAGUGUGGUGGGACCCUUCACUGAGGGUGACACCCUUCGCCUCACCUGCCGCGCCAGGGGAGGCUCGCCGCCCCCUAGAGUCACCUGGUGGGAGGGACCGACCCUGCUGGACCUCACGUCGGAGGUGCGGGAAGUGCAGGAGGUCAGUAACCUGCUGGUGGUCCCGGGACUCUCGCGAAAAGAUCUACGACGCCCUUUCACCUGUCAGGCCGCCAACUCUAACUUCACAGGACCUCUCCUCGCUACAGUCACCCUCGAUAUGCACUUUCCGCCGAUGUGGGUUCGUCUGCUGAGCAGUAGGGAUGCCUUGAGUGCUGGUUGGCCCUACAGUGUUGUGUGCCAGACCGCAGGUGCGAGGCCACCUGCCCACGUCACCUGGCACCUGGGCAAGACCAAGCUUACUACCCAUACUGAGAAGACCACUGAUGAUGGCAACGUUACGUCCAGUGAGCUGAGAUGGACUCCCAGCGCUGAGGACGCUGGCAAGGUGCUUUCCUGCAGGGCCCACUCUCCCGCCCUGCCCUCGGCCCCACCUCUCGUCGAUGAGUGGCCCCUUGACAUAUUUUACGUGCCAGUGGCCCUCCUUCAACCAGGACGUUCCGUCAACCUCAGCAACAUCGAGGAGGGCGACGACGUCUACUUCGAGUGUUCCAUUGAGGCCAACCCGAGGGUCUUCAAGAUCAACUGGCUCCACGAAGUGAGUAUUUAGCCUUCAUUGAUUCCUGAGGGCGCUACUCCGUCUGAGUUUAGUGGACGGAAAGACUGUUUUGGACGGGGGAUUUUAUUAGGUGGCAUAUGUGAUGAGUGAUGUUUCGUACCAGAGGUGAAGGCACUGUGUGUAAUUACUCGAUUAUAUGGUGUUAUUUCACCUUACUUGAAAGAUCAAGUUGUAGCUCUUUGAAGCCAAAUGUGUCAUGUGUCGUAUAUUGUGUGUCCUAUGUACUGUAUCACGUGUCUUGUAUCCUGUUUCGCUUGUGUCGAAUAGUUUAUCCUUACUAGGAAAACAGGUUUUAAAUGAAGAUUUACAUAUCCAGACGG